AUGCCUCUGUUCCAAAGAAAGUUUAAUGUACCAAAAUUUCCUGCGCGAAAAGCGUCUAGCAUGACGAAUUUAUCGCAUCUUGGUUCAACUAGUAGAAGUCAAGAAUUCAGCACAGAUUUUGGACCGAUCAAAACGCGUCUAAGUGGACGCGAUCUUGUAUUCCGUAAUGGUCAAUGGAUUAUUGAAGGUGAAAAUGCAGUUAUAGAAGAGUCUGGAAAUGCAACACAAGUAGGACGUGAAACCUUCCGUAUCAAAAAAGAAAAUCAUCAACUUAUAGAAGAGAAUAAUUUGUUGAAGCUAAAAAUUGACAUUCUCUUAGACAUGCUUGCUGAAACAACUGCUGAAGUACAUCUACAAGAAAACGAAAUUGAAAAUUUACGAAAUACACUUCACAAGAAGCCUAGUGCAGUCCAAGUUGCCUAG